AUGGGGAUUGUGUGGUUGAGAAUGUUGAUGACGCUUGGGGUUCUGUUCAACUACGCGAUUGAAUCUGGUCAGGACAUCGACGACAAGAUCAAUCGCAGUGGUACACAUAUAUAUUAUCACGUCAGCGAUAAACGAGUGCUACUCAGAGCACAAGCAAACAAAUUUUUGGUGGAAGAGCCAUCGACAAUUCUUAACAAUACAAUCACCACUGGAUAUUUAAGGCUGAUUUACGCAAAUGAUGAACUCGAUUUAAUUUACGAACAAUGCGAUACAUCGAAUAACUUGACAAUGGGAUUAGCAAUUGGCAUUCCACUGGCACUUUUUCUUGUUAUGGCUGCCGUCGUCAUAACACUCUAUUGUCUCUUUUGUAGAACCAGUGAUGAUGACGAUCAACAAGAUGACGAUAAUAUACCACAGAGUCUGGUGGAGAAUGCACGCAAAGCAGAACCUUCAGCAAGUCAACGAGAUAAAUUUCUUCCUGAGAAUUUUGAUGUUAACCAAUUUCAUUAUAAAGGACCACUGAUAAUUGAGCGGAGGCCAGCGUUUAUAUCAUUUCAUGAUCUAGCAGGAGAUCCACCAAAACAAUUGUCAGCAGAAGAUCAUGUUGAAUUCGAUCCAAAUAUGAACGAGGCCUUCGAAAUUGGUGAAGGAGUUGAAGAAUCUGCGGAUGUUUCAAAAUUCAAAGUCAAAGCUGAAGAACCCCUGAAUGCACAUCCCUCAUUACGCUACGGUAAAGUUUUCACACUUGACAGCAGACGGGGUUCGGUUCGAUUAGCCAGGGAUAUUGAAGCUGCGGCUAUGAAAGAGUUACAUGACGCAAUGGUAAAGUCAAACUAUCGACGCAUACACUCCAAAGAGAAGCCACGCAAUCUUGGUAGCCGUGAGGCAGCAAAAAAACGUGGAAGCCGUGAAGUGGCAAAGUUAGUUCGGGCAAAGCAACAACUGCAACCAAAGGACGAUGGCUGCAGCCGUGAAACAUCUGCAAAUAAGGAUGACCGGAAACAUGAUGAGAAAAGCAUGAAACACGCGAGUACCCCGUCAAAGGAUGUAAUCAUUUUCGAUAAAACACAGCAAACAACGGAGAGUGCUAAGGCACCAUCAGCAAGAAGCAGAAAACAACAACAGUCGUCGAAACCCUGUGGAGCUAUAGAAUCAGCAAUGCUUCCAUUGUCAGCAACUCAGCCAACAAUGCAUGCUGACUAUACUCGGCAUGUACCCGGUAAAACCCCUUCCAGUAGAACAACCACCGGUUCGGUUAAGAACGAUUUGAGUGACAAAGACAACGAUAAUGCACAAACGAAAACAACUGAAACGGCGAAAUCAGCGGCAAAAGAAAAGCCAACUGAACGAAAUCAGCAACCAAAAACGACGAAAAGUGGUUUCCAACCGAAAACCUCGGAGAAAAAAUGUUCUCAGAAACGAGAUUCAUCAAAGACAACGACUUCAUCGAAAAAAGUCUCGAGCAAUGCAGUGAAGAAAGCGAUCGGUAGCGAUCACCCGAAUCAAGAGAGAAAAUCACAGAAAAAGUCAUCAGAAGAAAAUGAAAAUGUCAAAAAUGAAACAACCACCAAUGCCGAAGGUAAAAUGUCUAGCGGAAAGCAGAUAAUAAGCGUGACUUUGUAA